AUGGAAUCGAGCUAUUCGUACACAAGCGGGUCUUUUUAUGACUUUAGCAACUACUCGAAUCUGCCGAGUGGGUUGCUGUACACCCAUACCGAUCAUGUUAUAAUCUCUAUCGUCAACCCUUGCAUCCUAGCACUGGGUCUCAUCGGUAACAUUGCCUUUCUGUUUGUCAUGGCCAGUGUCCGUAGAAUGUGGACGGUCACCAACAUGUACCUCAUCAACAUGGCGGUGGCUGAUAUAUUAUUCCUGACCGUUGCGGUAUCGGUGAAGCUUGCCAAUUACAUCGGGAGUCCGGUCAUUAUUGACCAGUCCACGGUCGGUCAUGUUGGCUCCGUCACCACAUCGUUGCUUCUGGAUCUCAGCUACUUUGCGUCCCUGUUCCUCGUCACCCUGGUGUCGUUGGAGAAGUUCUACGCCGUGUGCCACCCUCUCCGGCACCGGUUGAUCGGCGGGAUGAAACGCACCACGAAGCUCAUCAUCGGGGUAUGGCUUCUAGCUUUAAUGGUCGCCUUAGUCCUACUCCCGACACGGAUGGAGAAUCAAAAGUUCUUCGUGGAAUGGCCUCAAGAUCAGGAGUUCCAAAACUUCCCAGACAUGAUUGAAGUAGAGCAACCAAUCGUGACAUGGUAUGUAGAGUUCCACAACAUCGUUCAGACCGUGCCGUUCUUCGUUGCCUUGACUCUGAACGUGGUGUUCUACGUGAAGAUUAUCAUGCGCCUCAGCCAGAAGGUGAGUACCGUGUCAACCGAGAGCAGCGCCCAGGAGCUCCGCCGACUCAAGAUUCGCAACCAGGUCGCCUUGAUGCUGAUCGUGAACGGUGUUGCGUUCUUCGUUUGUCUCGCACCUUUCCAACUGCUCUCAUUCAUCCUGACUAUCUCACAACGUAGUGGGGCAUCUCUCUCGGCUGAACACUUCAACAACGCACAGUGGGUGGGUCGCAUCCUUACAUACAUCAAUCCAGUGUUGAAUCCCUUCAUAUACAACUUGACCAACCCAAGAUACAGAGCUGCUUUCCACGAGGCGUUUACUUGCAAGGGGAAAAGACACCAGUCAGAGGAAUCCAAAACAACCAAUGAUAACACUGUUGGCUCGAUGCUCUGAAUAGACCACGGUGCAGCCAUCUUGAAUUUCUCCCAUUUAUAUCAA